AUCAUCGGUAAGCGCAAUAGAAUUAGCAGCUGAAAGCUAUGGAAAAACAUUCGUGAACAUGUGCGCAAUCGAGUGACAAUCGAAUUGGACGCAAUAGUGAUUGAGAAAGCAUUUGAGUGCCGCACGACGUUGUGAGGACCUUCCUGUGACGUGAUUGUGACGAAGGGAUCUUUUAGCCGACUGACAGGGACGAGAAGAAGUGACGUGAGUGCGUGUGUGUGUGUGCAAAGGAACCAUUGGAAGUCUCUUUGGAUUAAGCCAGUGUGAAACAGUGGAAAAUCAGGGCAAUAAACCGAGUGACAGUUGAACUGGAGUGCGCGCGAGGCAUUUGUUUUGAGCGGUGAGAAAAAGCGAUUCAUUUCUGGACACUUGUGAUACCCCGAAUAUGAUUGUGGGAUUACCUUAGCAAUAAGUGCACAAGGUAUAAAGUGUGGAGAGAUGCCAAUGCAGUGGCAGAGACAAAAGCAAGAGGGAAAUAUAUCAAAUUUUGUAAGAUAUUGCGCGCUGAAAAGUGGUACAAUUAGGAAGGUGUGAAGAAUUUUUUUUUAUUAUUUGUUUCCUGUUACAAGAGAAGUGAGAAGAGUGAGAAAAACUGUAGAAAAAUUGUACACAUGUAACGCAGCGCCACUCCUUUUGGGUUCUCUUCUUCUUUUCUCAACUCAACGUGAAAUACAAUCAACAUUGGUUCCAUCACACACACCAGGAGAAGGAGAGAGAGAGAGAGCGAGAGAGCGAGAGGGAGAACGACAGAGAUCAACAUUACAAAAUUAUUAUUUUAUUUUAAUUUUGUUUCGUUCUUUUGCGGGGCAUGAAUUCAACUGCUGCUGGAUUCGGUUAUAUGAAUGGAGCGACGGGAAAGAUGUCCACUGGCGCAGUGUUUUCCAGUAUGCCUGAGUCAACGGCUGCCACAGCCAUGAUGGUGAGCGGCGGCAUGGAUCAGCCCCCGCCGGCGCCCAUCGUCACGCCGGUGUCCGUGAUGCCGGCCGCCGUCUCGGCUCCCGACUAUGCCAACAUGAAUGGUGUCGUGCCCAUUGCCACAUUGACUGAACAGCCCGCCGCCGCCGCCACAGACUACUACUACGCCGUGGACGGCGCCGCGGCGAGCUACUCGAGCGCCGCCAAUACAACGAGCGCCACGGCCACAACGAGCGACGGCGGCACGAUGCCGCUGGAACAACUGAAGCAGAUGCUCUCGUCGCAGCUGGACUACUAUUUCUCGAGAGAAAACCUUGCAAAUGACACGUAUCUAAUCACACAGAUGGAUAAUGAUCAGUACGUUCCAAUAUGGACGGUGGCGAAUUUCAAUCAGGUGAAAAAGCUGACAAAAGACAUCAAAUUGAUCACAGAAGUGCUGAGAGAGUCACCAAAUGUUCAAGUGGACGAUGAAGGUUUGAAAGUGCGUCCAAAUCACAAGCGAUGCAUUGUUAUUUUGAGGGAAAUUUCCGAUCAUACACCUGUUGAAGAUGUCAAGAAUUUGUUCAACGGCGAAAAUUGCCCUAAAUUCAUCUCGUGCGAAUUUGCUCACAAUAAUUCCUGGUACAUUACAUUUGAGUCGGAUGAGGAUGCACAGCAAGCCUAUAAGUAUUUAAGGGAGGAAGUCAAGGAAUUUCAGGGUAAACCAAUAAUGGCCCGGAUUAAGGCCAAACCAAUGUCACACAGAAUGCCCAUGACUCCUGUGCAGAUGCCGAUCAAGAAUGGGUAUCGGACUACACCGCCGCCGGGCGUUUACGAUCCGGCGACAGCUUACACAACACAACAGCGAUUUGUCUACUCAAAUGGUGCUUCAAUUCCUCAAGGGACAGUUCCAUACACUGGUCAAGUUAUGUUUCCAUUCCAGCAACAGUUUUUUUCGGGCAUAAUGCAACCAUGGCCUCACGGACCGCCGCCGCCGGGCCAGAACUUCGUCAACUAUGAGCUGGGCAAUGUGUUCUCGGCCAACGGCCUGACGCCGCAGGUGUCCUUCGCCACGACGACCAAGAGCCAGACGCCGCGCUACACCAGCCACCGCAGCAAUGUGCGCAACAAGCGCUCCUCCAACAGCGACCACAGGUCGCAGGAGCAGCAGCAACACCAAGUGCCCAACCACCGGAACAGCUCCGCGAGUCACCAGAUGUACCAUCCCCUCGUGGGCGCCGCCGCCGCCGCGCAGCCGGUGGCCGCCCUGUCGCUGCCCAGCAAGGCGGCGCAGCCCGUGGCGGCCGUGAAAGUGCAAUCCAGCGCCGGCGGGGAGAUGUACCACCAGCCGGCCAAGUCCGGCACGGCCACCUACCUCAAGUCCGUCGUCACGAGUGUGGGCGACGAGAGAACGCUCAUGUCUUCGCCAAAUGUGCCACAUCCGAUCGCUGCCGUUGCCGUGAGCGCUGGCCAGCACCACUAUCAGCACCACCACAGUGCCCAGCAUCACCAGCCGAGUCACUAUCACCAGGCGCACCACCACCAGGUGGCGCAGCCGCACCACAUCCAGGUGGCCGCGGCGCACGUGGCGCCGCGCGAGGAGGGCGAGCCCAUCGCGUUGGCGACCUACAAGGCGGCCGCCGUGAGCGCCGGCGGCGCGACGGGCAUCCCGAUUGUGUCCACUCUGCUGCCGCCGCUGCCCCAACAUCACCACCAUCACCAGCAGGUGGCGUCGCAGCAGCAGUCGCUGCACGAUAUCGCUGGCGAUGAGGCCCUCGGGCAGCAACACAAGGGCGUCCUGUCGGGCAGCAAGGAGCACUGGCCGCAGCGCUAUCGUCGAAGGCGGAAGGACGAAGACGGUGGUUCCGUCGGUGGCGCCUAUCGGAGUGGCGGUGGUGUGAGUUCCGGCUCGUCGAAUGGAGGGGGAUCCGCGGGCGGACAGCACAAGCAGUCGCCAGCCAGUCCCAAUCCGUCGGCGUCACUCGUGCUGCGCGACUCGGGCGCCAUUGCUGGCGCUUCCGGCCAGAGUGCCGGCAGUGUCUCGGCUGCACAGCAAUCGCAGCGGACUCAGGCGCAAUUCGACCUGGAAGCGUCCGCCUUUCCGCCUCUGCCUGGCUCGGACGCCGGUGGUCUCACGUCUGCGCACUUCUCGCACCAGCAGCAUCACCAGUCGCACUUGCCGAGUCAGGGAGGCGCGGCGGCGUCGCGCGCAGCCGAUCGUGGACUCGCUGCGGCUCAGAGUGCCACAACUGGGCAGAGUGUCCUGGCGAGUGGCGGCAGCGAGCCGGGCGGGGACGUGGCGCCGGCGGGGAACGCCUGGGGCGAUCGCUUGGCGGAUGUGGUGAAGGGAACUGCAAAGGCCAAAGUCAAGGUGGAUGCCAGCAAAGACAUGAGCACCAGCACAAGAUCCAGUUCCGCCUCUCCGCCGCCAUCACAACACAAUCCGUCUCCCAAUCAAGGUGUUGCAUCAACGACAGUGGCGAACAUAGUGACGACGACUUCAGGUAGCCAAAGUAAUACUAAUAAUGUUAAUAAUAUUUCUACAAAUAACCAUGAGCUUAGUGUAGAGCUGCAAGUGUCAGCGACAAAUGCCACAGAAGCACAGAGUUGCAAGGGUGCGAAUGUGGAUGUGGCUGACGGUGGCGCGGUGGGUGGGGGUUGCAACAAGUCAGUGUCAACAUCAACACCUCAGCACAGCGUGACGACGAUAACGAUGACGACGACGACGACGACAAAUGAGAAUAAUCCUGUGAUAAAAACGUGCACUGCUGAUAAAUCAACAAAGACUGACGAGUCUCUGCUCAAUGGCGUGGAGACUUGUGCAACAACUCAACAAAUUGACAAUAUCGGUGGCAGCAGUGAGACUCCUGUGACCAAUCAGCAAUCAUCGUGCGCCGCUGCUCCACAAUGUGCCACGCCGACCACCGCGAACGCCUCCACCAUGACGUCGGCGAGCAAGCAACACACUAAGUCAACGUCAGCAGUGCCAAGCACGUCCGCGGUCGCUGGCUCGCUGCUGAGCAGCGGCUUCCCGCGCGUCUCCGCCACGGCCGCCUCGCCACCGCCCGCGUCCGCCCAGGCGGGCUUCAGCUUUGGCGCCGAUCCGGUGCGCCUGAGCUAUGCGCAGGUGGCGCAGCACAACAGGGAGCAGCGCCACCAGAAGCAGGACAGCCGCGACUCCGCCAGCGGCGACGCGGUGGGGCUGCAGGACAAGGAGAACAGGGAGGUGACCAAGGAGAACAGUGCCACCAACAUGAACAGCCUGGGCGCAACGGGAGGCGGCGCGAGCGGCGGCGGCGGCCCGAAGACGAGCGCGAAGAUUCAGUCACCGUCUAAUGCAAAGAUCUCCACGUUGCAACCAUUUGCCGCUGGCGAGGCGAAAGACAGAAGCGAAAAUGUGCGCGAACAACGGAGAAAGGAUCAACGAAGCGGCGGCUCCGGAGCGGCUGGCGUUCAUCGGCGCGAGAGCGACUCCGGCGGCGCCGGGCGAAGCCGCCAGCGUCCGCAUCAGAUGAAGGACUACUUCCAGGCCGCCGCCGCGACGGCGAGUCCGCGCAGCCCCAAGUGAUGACCGAUGCUGUGCGCGACCCGCGACUUGAGGUGAUGAAGAGUGCGCGCGCAAGAAAAUUGUACAGGUUUGGAUCUUGCUGAGGAAUGAGAAGGACACGAGAGAGAGAGAGAGAAAGAGAGAGAAGGCGUAGUGUUAAGGGGAAAAUUAAUUUGUUGUAUUGUAUGUUAACUAAAUGAAAAAAAACCUAUUAAUGUGUGUGUAUAGAACAUGAUAAAGAAAAAGAACAAAAAAAUUAUGCGUGCGUCUGUCGUCUCUUCGUCAUAUUUAGAGAAAGAGAAAGAGAAAGAGGAGAGAAAGAGAGAAAGAAGGAAUGUGUAAUGAAGUAAUAUAUUUAUUAGAUUUAACAAAUUAGGAUGAAAAGAAAGAGAGAAAUUCAUAUAUUCUUACGUGAUUUCCCCUUUUGAAUAAAUUCGUUCAAAGGUAAAAUAAAAGAAAAAGAACUAUUUAGAGACAAUUUUCAGAGUUGAGGAUAUUUUCUAAAACAAAAGAAAACCAUAUUUAAUGCGUUUUUCUUAUUUAGUUCUGAAUGUUGAAUAUGCGCGUGACUCAUUUUGAGAUGUGAAUAUAGGAACAAAAUUGCGAUUUAAUACUUUUUUCACUCGUAUGCAAGCGAUAAUAAUUUAAUUUUAAUUGAAGGAAAAAAUAUUAACUGAAAUUUUCGGCUUGGGUGAGUGUUUGAGAUGUGAAAUCUUACAGGAAUUUUUACAAAAUUUCAUCCACAACCACUGGAUGUUCUUCUUCUUAGCAGAAGUAAAAAAAAAAGGAAAGAUUGGCACUGAAGUAUUUAUUUAAUGGAAAUUGUAAAUAUGAUUGAAGUCUUCAUUUUUUUUUGCGUAAUUCUUGAACCUAUUGAAAUUCUUUUUCCACGGUUACCGUUUUGUGUUUUGCUAGCCAAACGCAAAAAAAACUAUGUUUUAUCAUAUUUUCUUUUAUUAGAAUAUUGACUUGGUUUUUUUUUUUUAAUGAAAAUCUGGGUAAAUUUUAGAAACGAUCAAUUUUCUUCUCUUCAAUUUUGGGUUCAUUUUACAAACAACAAGAAAAAGAAAUAGGAAAAAAGAGUGAUUUUUGGACGAAUGCAAAAAUUUCUAAAAUGCAAUCAAUCGUUUUUGCAAUUGAAUUUAUUUCAAAUUGAAAUUACUUUUUUUAGGAGAAGAAGUUUAGAAAGAAAGAAAAAACACUGAGACUUGUAUAAGGAUGCAAAGGAAAAUUUAUACGUAUUUGAAGGAAAAAAACCAUUGAUUGAGUGAAGAAAAGAGAGAGAGAAAGAAAGAGAAGGAAAAUUACUUUAUGUGUAAAUAAUUAUUAAGGAGAGCAAAACAAGUAAUAAUACUAUAAAUGUAAUAUAUAAUCUACUGAAAUAUCUCUACAAAUGAAGAAAAAAAAAUGAUACAUUGAACAAAAUUUAAGGAAAUAAAAAAAACUAUUAUAGGAAUUAAUAACAAAAUGAGAGGAAGAUUAUGAUUGGAGAUGAUAAGAGAGAACUACAAAAUAUACAUCUGAUAAAAAUAAUGUAUAAAAUCAUGUUAUAUAUUAUAUAUAAAAAAAAGAAGAAAUCAUAUUUAUAAAAGAAUAUUAAUUGUAAUGUUAUUAUCAAUUUUUAUUAUUUUCGUUUUUAUUAUUUUUAUUUUAGUAAAAAAAAAAUAUCGCUAAGUGUUUUCUUUUUUUCAUAUUUUUUUUUGACAUUAUAAUAAUAUCGAACGUAAUACAACUCAUUUUUAAUAAUUCAAACAUUUCUUAUUAUACAUGAAGGAAGAAAAAAAAAUACGUGAAUGAUGAUAAAAAUACGUUGUAAUAAUUUUUGUGCUAUCGAAAGUCAAUAUUUUAUUGUAAUAGCGCUAUAAAUAUUUAAGAGGAGGUGAAUUAAUAUAAUAGUGAAGAGAGACUAAGAAGAAGAAAAAAGAAGAGAACAACAGAAAAUACACAAGGGAAAUAAUGAUUUUGUGAAAUUUGAACAACAAUUGCUAUACAUCCAAAAUAUGAUGAGUAGUUUAAAAAAAAAAGAAGAAGAAAUCGAUUAGAAAGACAAGAAAACACACAGAAAUACACACAAUAUAAGAAAUAUUUCUUGAACUGCAGCAUCAAGAGCAGUGUUGAAAUGAUUUUCCUUUAAAAAGAAUGCUAUUGAAAAAUUUUCUUUUUCUAUUUUCUAUUAAAUAUUAUUGUAAUUAUUAAAGAAUAAAAAAAAAACAACCUAAGAACGUUAGUGAGAAGUGCUGAUGAGAGAGAGAGAGAAUAUUGCGAAUGAUUGGCGAGCAUUAAAUACAAGUUGAAGAGGGAGAGAAAAAAAAAUGUAUUUAAGAAAUCCUUAGAAAUGUGAAAUAAUGAAGAGUAAUUGAUAUAUAUAACUUUAUUAAUUUGUAGAAUUUUUUUCAAAGAGCAUGAAACAGUUAAGAGCAACUAAAGCGAGAUUUGCAGCAGCAAAAUAAAAAAAGUGCCUAACUCUCACAUACAUAAAAACCUGAGUUUCUUACAAGACGAUGGAAGAAACUUUUUUCCUUUCCCAAUUCUGUUGGUGGACAUCUUUUGACACACACACACACAUAAGCAAAAAGGACAAAAAAAAAGAACUUGCUUUUGUUGACAACAUUUCAUCAAGGAAGGAAUUCUAGAAUAUUCUCACACUGCCAUUUUUCAAAAAAUUGACUGUUUGAAGAUUUUGAAGAAAUAAAAGGACUUCUCUUUACUUUUCAACCUUCCUUCUGUAGUUUAUUCUAUAAAACUUAAAGACAAACACUUUUUUUUUGUUGAAUUUUUCCCAAUAUUGCGAAGGAAAACAAAGAAAAAAGCACUCUGAAGUGAAUGAAAGAGACCCGUUUGGAUUUUAUGUGUGCAGAGAACUGUGAUAAAAACUAAGAAAAAAGAAUAAACAAAAUGAAUUAUUUAAAAUGAGAGAUGGGGGGAAAAAAGCGGUGUAAGAAGAAAUAUAAGAAAAGUUAUUUUCAAAAAAUUGAGAAUCAAAAAGAGAAAUGAUGCGAGAUGGGAAUAGGAAGAAAAGUUGAGAUGAUUUCGGGGGAGGGGGAGAUUUUGACGAAUUUACUGUGGCAGAAUUGAAUAAAUGGAAGUUUUUUCUUUCUCAUUUUUCUAUUUGUUUGAAACAUUGGAAGCAAAAAUCGUGAUGAAAAUAUCUCGUAAAAUUCUCUUUUCUUUUAUGAUUUGACGGCUUUUUUCCCGGCUAAAGUGGAGAAAAGAUGUGAAAUUCGCGAUCAGAAUUCUUUGGAUUAAUUUCACAAAUAUUAACUGAUUUUUUAUGAUGUUUUCGGUGUAAAUUUGAAUGUAAAUGACUCAAAAACUCAAAUCUCCCAUUUAUUCUUCACUUUCUGCCGGAUUUUUGAAUGUGUGGAAAGAAAAUGGAGAGAAAUGGCUUUUUUCGAGGAAGUGUUGGUGGGACCAAGAAAAACACAGAAAUAAAUGAUUAGAGGAAUUUUUUUGAAGUUUACUUUCAAAUAGAAGAAACGGAAAAAACGUCCCUGAAAUAGCGAAAAAAUUGGAUCUUUGCUGGGUGUAAUUUUAUGUUUUGAUUGAAGGCGUUUCUUUGGUGACUUUCUUUUUUUUUUGAGGAAAUUGAGGAGGAAAGAGAAAAGUUGAAAGAACGCAACAGAGAAAAUUUCCCUAAUUUUAAUUUUCAUUUCUUUUUAUUUGAGACUGAUAAAAUAUAGUUGAUAAAAGCCGUGAGGAAAUCAAUAUAAACUAAUUCUAUGUGUAAAUGCAAGAAAUUUAACCAUAAAUCAAUCUUAUAUUAAAGAAGAAGAAAAGAAAAAAAUAGAUAUAACAAUGAAAGUGAAAUGAGAGUAAAAAGAAAAAUAGUAAACGAAGAAAUAUUUGUAAUUUAUGGCACUCGAUGAUGAUUUUUUUUUCUUCUAUUUUAGUUAAAAAAUAAGGGAAAAGUAAUACUUUCGAAAGCCCCUUUUCUUUCGUCGGAAUGGUGAAUAAAAUGAUUUAUUGAAAGUGAGAGAGAGAGAGAAAGAGAGGAAAACACUCUUAUACAUAUAUAUAUAUAUAUUGUAUUUCAUGUUAAUAAGAGAGAAGGAUGAUCAAAGUAAUAUUUAAUCAUUAGGAUUCGUGAUAAAACAUCUAAAAUACUAAAAUUCUUUUAUAAUAAUUGUAUUUUUGAGAUGGUGUGAAGAAGAAAGAAAACUGACGAUGAACAACAGUUAAAUCCUUGUUUGCACAUUUUUUUUUCAUUUCAAUCAAUAAGAGGAUAUCAAAGAGGAUAAUUGAGGGCGAAGGACAACGAUUUAUCAUGUUUCAAAGACACGUCAUAAAAAUAUAUCCUGUUGGAUUGUUUUGCCUGGGAGGAAAAUUGCGGGAAGGGAAUUUUUUUUUCUUAUUCUUUCGAGAGAGAGACAACAAAAAAAAACAUUUACAAAAAAUAUGCCAAAUAAUGAAAUGAAAACAUAUUCACAACUUCCACAAAGUUAAAAAAAAAAGAAAAUAGCAUGCAUGAAUUUGAAGGUAUGAAAAAAUGAUGUAGGAAUUUGUAUGAUAGAGUUGUAAUUAAUGAAAAUUAAUCCACAGAAAAUAGAGAGAAAAAAAAUCACGAGACAAAUACAAUUUCUUAACCACUAUUCUUUAGGAAAAACAAUGACUAAAAACGGUGUGAAGCAGAAAAGGACGUUAAUGGAAUCAUUUUUAACCUGUUUGUAUUAGAAAUGCAAAGUCACAAAUCAACUCUUAAGAAUUUAGUCAAAGAAGCAUCCAAAAAUAAAGAAAAAAAACACAAACACUUUUGUGGGGAAGAAAACUGGGAAGACAGAGAGAGAGAGAGAGAGAUGAAUGAAUACUUAAAAUAAUACAGUACUGAUCAACUAUAGAAAAUCAACUGCAAAAGUUGCAGACAGAGAAUUUUAUUUAUGCAUUUUAGGAGCAAGAAAAGAGAUGCUCAGAAAUGAGUCUUUUUUUUCACAAUGCUUGGCAAAAGGGCGAGAAUUUGAGGAGAGAAAGAAAGAAAAAAAAGUGACGAUUGAAGAAAUCACGUGAAAUGUAAGUGUAAAAGCGAUUAAACCACAAAAGAAGAUACACAAAAUAAAUGAUACUGAAGAGGAAUAUAUGAAUAUAUAUAAAUAAAGAAUCUAUAUGUAAAUAAUAUACAUAAAACAAAUAUUUAUAUGCAAAAUGAGGACAUGAGAGAUGAAUAGAUUGACUUAGUUUGGGAGUCUAAAGAAAGCGCUGGGUUUCGAACUUUACAAUGAGAGAGAGAGAAGAAGAAGGCAAAGAGAAGAGCACGGAAGUGAGAUGAAGAAAAGCUGAGAACAAGUGAAGGAGAGCGGAAAAUCGUAUAUACCAAUUUUGGCGGGAAUUGUGUUUGAUGGCAAAUCGAAGAAAAAAAAAAGGACACAAGAAUGACUAUUUAUUUGUACAUAGGCUUUAUUAUUUAACGACAGAGAAAAACGAUUUACAAGUGCAUUUCAACGUUUUUUUUUUCAUUUCGUCAAAUUCGGAACAAGAGAAAAACCUUUUUGGAGAGCAAAAUUUUAUCCGUCACACGACAAAUUUCUUCCAACAACACACACAACAACAAAAAGUAAGAACAAGAAAGAACCUAUCAAAGAGGAGUUGAACAAAAGAAGGAAAGAAAUCUUUAUAAACAACCUAUAAAUAGUAAAUGAUGAGAAGAUGGUAUAAAUGAAGAGUAUAUAUAAAUAUAUAAUUUCGUAAAGUGCUUUUACAUAAUAUUUUUAAUAUGAAAAUGAAAUUAUAAAGAAAAAAAACCCGAGAGGAGAGAAGACUGCACGGAGAGAGGAGGAGUGUGGGCCGGAAAAGAGAGAGAGGCGAACGUGCAGAGAAAACUCGUCACCUGAGCAUAAGAAAGACGUCACUAGAAUUACUCGAUGCGCUGUAAAAUGUAUACAAGAAAAAAGAAAAGGGCGGACGAGCGAAGAUGUGAAAAAAGCUACCUUCGAUGACUAAGGAAAAAAAAGUGCAGCAAAGUAUGCUAAAAAAAACACACACGGAGAAUAAUAAUAUUUAUUAUUAAAUAAAAAAAAAACAAGUAAAUUAUAGAGUGAAAAAGGAGAAUGUUGAAGCAGAAAAAAGCGGUAAAUUAUUUAGUGGAAGACGAAAAAGACGGAGGCAGAGGAAAAAAAUACUAUAUAUGAAUUAUUAUAUCGUAUGGAAGGAAAGGAACAAGUGUAAUUUUAAGGGAUCUUCAGUGUCUCAAUAUUUGCGAAGACGAAGCCGCGAUGAAGAGUGCGAAGGGAGAGAAAAGUUAGGUCCUAAGAUACUUAGGUUGUUUUUUUCUGUUGAAUUUGGUUGGAAAUAAAAAUCUGAAAACGAGAAAAA